AGGUUCGCGCCAAAACCAUAACAUGACUACAGAACAAAGUAUAAAAAAAAGAAGAACUAUAGAAGAUUUAGAAACAGAGAUCAAAGCUCCUUGGGAGCAGGGCGGCUUCGAUGCACGCCCUGCUCCUGAAGAGCAGAGAUGCAGUAGAACCCGUCCAUGUGACAGUCUGGAUUCGAAGAGCUGGAACAAAUCUAAUGAUCAUAUAAAUGAAGGCAGUGGGGCACAUUGUAGGCAAGAAACAUCACAAGAAAAUAGUGGACCGGGGCUCCUGCUACCUAAUUCGCUUCCUCAAGUCCAAAAAGAAAUUGUUUUCGAACCUGAUGUGCCAAAUGAGGAAGUGAUACUUAAACAUGAAAAAUAUAUUAAACAUGAACAUGAAAAAUAUAUUCAAAAAAUUUUGUUUGACGACAACAUUGUCGUAGAACCUAAACGACUAAUAUUUAUCAAAAUAGUUACAGAAAAAAUAUUUAAAGACAGAAAGGAUGUAAAUCCAGAAUUUUUUAUUUUGAAUGAUGGGGGUUUAAGAGACUCGAAAGGAAAAGAACUAAUUCUCAAUGAUUAUUAUAAAUAUAAUAUAAUUUUUAUAUCCAACGUUCACGCAGAUUCAGCUAUUAAUCACAUGAUGUUACUUUAUACCAAGAACUCAGACCAUACUGCAGGAAUCAUUGAAACUGACCAGGAAGAAAACUCUGCUAGUGCAAUAGAUUUACUUGAAAAAAUCACGUUUCCAGAUUGUUUUACCAUUAUACCAGGUGGUAUUAAAAACAGGGCUACCUUUGGUUUCCAACAACAGCUAGACUCGUGCUGGGUAUGGGUGAUUAAGUUUGCCGAAUAUAUUGUAUUUGGCCAAAAAUCAGAAGAAGAAGCUCCAUCUGUAAGAUACGAGAAGAUUUAUGAAGAGAAUAAGAAAGCCAUACAAUGCACAGAGUCAUAAAGGGGACAGUAAAUCAAUUAACAGACGCGCUAGAAAUAAUUCACUUGGUCUAGUUUUAACUAAUUGCCCUGAUGUGGUUUUUACAGCGAGAGCUUCGCUUUUCCACAUAAAGCAUUCAGAAUUGGUUUCCCAUGUUUUUUUCUAUCCACAUUAGUCGGGACACAACCCCAUCCAUCCGCUAUCAUUUCUUGGAUAACACAUUUUCAUGUGUACGUAUAUUGUCGUCGCUCCUGUCCGUCCGGACGUCCGUCCACAAUUUGUUUGUGGACACUCUACAGGUCACAAUUCUUAUCCGAUUUUGACGAAACUUGAAAUAUAGGUUUAUCUCCAAAAGAUCUCGGUUGCUUUCGAUAUUGGCAUGUAUCGGAUCGAAACUUCAUGGAUUAUGGCCCCUGUUUGUACAAAAAAACACACGUUUAUAGCUUGUGGACCCUAUAGAGGUCACAAUUUUUAUCAUAUUUUGUUGAAACUUCGUUCUCAAAUAGCGUAAAAAUAUGGUAUAUCAAGGUUGUGAACCCUAUAGAGGUCACACUUUUUAUCCGAUUUUGUUGAAAUUUUUAUCCGAGUUUGUUGAAACAUGAAAUGUAAGUUUAUAACCCAAAGAUCUCGGUUCCUUUCGAUAUUCGCGCAUAUCGGACCGUAACUUCCUGAAUUAUGGCCCCUGAUUGUAUUUUUUUUAGCUUGUGGACCCUAUAGAGGUCAUAAUUUUUAUCCGCUUUAAAAAAAACGUAUUAUUAUAUCACCGUUACACCCUAAAGACGGCUGAGUUCGAAUUUCGUGAAAAUCGGCCCAAAACUGACAGACAAAAUGGCCGCCCUUCGUUCUCAAAUAGCGUAAAAAUAUGGUAUAUCAGGGUUGUGGACCCUGUAGAGGUCACAAUUUUUAUCCGAUUUUGUUGAAACUUGAAAUGUAAGUUUAUAACCCAAGGAUCUUGGUUCCUUUCGAUAUUCGCGCAUAUCGGACCGUAACUUCCUAAAUUAUGACCCCUGAUUGUACGAAAAAUCGCGUUUUUAGCUUGUGGACCCUAUAGAGGUCAUAAUUUUUAUUCGAUUUCAAAAAACCUAUUAUUAUAUCACCGUUACACCCCAAGGACGGCUGAGAUCGAAUUUCGUGAAAAUCGGCCCAAAACUGACAGACAAAAUGGCCGCCCCUCGUUCUCAAAUAGCGUAAAAAUAUGGUAUAUCAAGUUUGUGGACCCUAUAGAGGUCACAAUUUUUAUCCGAUUUUGUUGAAACUUGAAUUUGAAAUGUGAGUUUAUAACCCAAAGAUCUCGGUUCCUUUCGAUAUUUGCGCAUAUGGAAUUGUAAUUUCCUGAAUUAUGGCCCUUGAUUGUAGGAAAAGUCACUUUCUUUUUAGUUUGUUCUCUAUCCAUCUCUCGAAAAUGUGGGCGUAUCCUGCCUGGCAGCCGCUGGUUUGUGUAAUGAUUGUAUGUAAUUAAAUCAGAUUAAUCGAGAACUGUCCAAUAUGGGCCUGGUGACCAACAAAACCUAAAAAAUGAUAUAUUACAUGGAUCAUAUCGCCAACAAUUCAAAAAGUCGAAUUUCAGAUCAUUUUGGCCACCAUCUUGGAUUUCAGAGGUGGCAAACUACAAAUAUAUUCACUGGGUGGUUGUGUCCCGAACUACAUUGACGAUACCAAACAUCAAUCUGCUGAACCUCAUGUUUUAACUCGAUUUUAUUUUGAUGAAGAAACACAUCAACACAUCAUUGUUUUACAUUUUUUAAUUAAAAUCAGACUGUCCAUCAUAAUUAAUGUAUCUAAUGUCAAAAUAGUAAUAAUAAAGAACACAUUGAACCUUC